AUGAAGGGCUCAGUCAUCGCAACCGCCAUCGCCGCUCUCUCGGCCGGAGCCUACGCCGCUCCCACCCAGGGUGAUUACAACCAGGGCACUCAGGGCCAGCAACCCACCGGCGGCAAGGCCGGAGGCGGUGGUGGCAUCCUCGGUGGCGGUGGCCUCCUCGGUGGAGGUGGUCUCCUUGGAGGCGGCGGCGGCGGCGGUCUUCUCGGCGGCGGCAAGAGCUCUGGAGGCGCUGGAGGUCUUCUCGGUGGCGGCAAGAGCAGCACCGGAGGCUCUGGAGGCAUUGGAGGUGGUCUCAACAACCUUCCUAUCCCGGGCAUUGGUGGCGGUGCAGCCCUCCCCAUCCCCGGCAUCGGCGGUGGCUCGAAGGCUGGCUCCGGAGGCUACGCCGGCGGUGGUGCUGAUGGUGCCAGCAAGGGUUCUAUCCUUCCCAUCCCGGCCAUUGGCGGCGGUGCGAGCGGCGGCUCUGGUGGCCUCAACAUCCCGGGUUUCGGCGGCGGUGCCAGCGGUGGUGCUGGUGGCAAGGGCGGUCUCCUUGACAAUCUCCCCAUCCCCGGCAUUGGCGGCGGUGCCAGCGGCAGCUCCAGUGCCAAGGGCGGUCUCCUCGAUAACCUCCCCAUUCCGGGCAUCGGCGGUGCCGGCAAGACCGGUGCCGGCGGCUACGGCGGUGCUGACGGCGCAAGCAAGGGCUCCAUCCUUCCCAUCCCGAAUAUCGGCGGUGGUGCCAGCGGUGGUGCCGGUGGCAAGGGAGGUCUUCUCGACAGCCUCCCCAUUCCCGCCCUCGGCGGUGGUGCGAGUGGAAACGCCGGUGCUAAGGGAGGUCUUCUUGACAGCCUCCCUAUCCCGGGUAUUGGCGGCGCGGCCAAGGGCGACAGCAAGGGCUCCGUCCUCCCCAUUCCCGCCAUCGGCGGUGGUGCCAGCGGCGGUGCUGGUGGCAAGGGAGGUCUCCUCGACAGCCUCCCCAUUCCCGCCCUCGGCGGUGGUGCUAAGGCUGGCUCUGGCGGCUACGGCGGUGCCAGCGGCGGCUCUGGCGGUCUCAACCUCCCCAUCCCCGGCAUUGGCGGCGGUGCUGCUCUCCCGGUCCCGGCCAUUGGCGGUGGAGCUUCCGGAGGCAGCAAGGGUGGUCUUCUCGACAGCCUCCCCAUCCCCAACAUUGGCGGCGGUGCCGGCGGUAAGGGUGGCCUUCUCGACAGCCUUCCCAUCCCGGCCAUCGGCGGCGGUGCUUCUGGAGGCAGCAAGGGCGGUCUCCUCGACAACCUCCCCAUCCCGGGCAUCAACGGCGGCGCCAAGGGUGGAAACGGUGGAAACGGCAACAAGGGCGGCAAGGGCGGCUACGGCAACGACGACAAGAAGGCCGCGCCCACAACUCUCCAGACUGUUGUCGCUACUGCUACCGUCGCUCCCGUUGAGGCUUCUGCUUCCGUCGCCCCCGUUGAGGCUUCUGCCACCGUCGCUCCCGUUGAGGCCUCUGCUUCUGCUGAAGUGACUGCUCCCGCCGAGGCCACUCCUAGUGUUGAGGCUUCUGCCACGGUUGUUGCCAGUGCCGAGCCUACUGCCGUGGUCACUGCCUCCAAGGAUGAUGGCUACAACGCUCCUGCUGCCACUCCUUCUGCUUAA